AACUUGUUUUAAUAUGUAGCUAUGGUGCUGGUUCCACACGUCGUUAGGUCAUCAUCUGAAUGUACCGGAGGAGUGAGUUAUCAGUCCCCGCCCCGGCACUUCGCUCAAUCCAACCUGAAGACAGGGCGAGUCAGCGGCUACAAAUAUAACUGCUAACACAAGAUGGCCGGUUUGCCUCGUAGGAUUAUAAAGGAGACACAGCGGUUGAUGGCAGAGCCCGUCCCGGGGAUCACAGCUACGCCCGACGAGGGGAACGCACGCUACUUCCAUGUGGUCAUCGCGGGGCCUCAGGACUCGCCGUUCGAGGGAGGCACGUUUAAACUUGAACUAUUUCUUCCAGAAGAGUAUCCCAUGGCAGCUCCCAAAGUGCGAUUCAUGACCAAAAUCUAUCACCCCAACGUCGACAAACUGGGAAGAAUAUGUUUAGACAUUUUGAAAGACAAGUGGUCUCCAGCCCUGCAGAUCCGCACAGUGUUGCUAUCUAUCCAGGCAUUAUUAAGCGCUCCCAACCCAGACGACCCCCUGGCAAACGACGUCGCAGAGCAGUGGAAGAAAAACGAAAGCCAUGCCAUCGAGACAGCCCGAACAUGGACCAGGCUCUACGCGAGCAACACUGAAGUAUAGAGGAACCGAGAAGAGGCGUCUGAAUGUGAUCCUCCAAAUGUACUCCUAUACUGUCAACCUUUGAAUUUAACGGACACAUAGA